CUUCCCUCACAGCAGCGCCUCCCCCCGGCUCCCGCAGCUCUCACUCCCGCUGACGGAGCUCGGAGUCAGAGGGAGGUGGAGGAUGGCCGGUCACCCGUGUGCCCGCAGGCUGGCCCGGCGCUCCACGCCCGCCCUGGUUCUGACCGCGAUGGCCGUCCUGCUGGUCCAGACUCUGAUCGUGUGGAACUUCAGCAGUCUGGACGGAGACGGCGGCGCCCGGAGCCGCGGCAAGCGCGAGGACCGAGCCGCGGUCCUCGACAAAGCCGACAGGCAGCACGCGAGGAGCGGGCAGCAGAGGAAGGGCGACCCGCUGCGGCCGCUCGGAAAAGCCGCUGCUCGACUGAAGCUGCGGGCGGAUGUCCAUCGUUCUCACCGUCCGAAGGAAAAGCUUCACUCUGACAGCAACAACAACGAGAACUCUGUUCCCAGAGACUUUGCUAGUGUGGACAGCAACGGGAACCUCGCAGCUCACCAACGUCAGCGCCUGCCGCUCGCUAACGCCAAGCGGAAGCUGGAGCAGGUCCAAGUGCAGAGCAUGCUGGGAAAGUCUGCCCAAGCGGCCCUCAAGUUCCCUCCAGUCCAGCCCAGAGCGACGGCUCACAACCACACGCGCCUCUGGAGACCCCGUCCUGUCGGCCCCACCUCCCCGGCCCUCCCUCCUGGCUCGCACCCGCGGAACCGGACGGCCUCGCCACGGCCUCCUGCGGUGGCGCAGUGCGAGAUCAACGGCAAGGAAGUCAUCUCUGCUCUGUCCCGCGCCAAGAGCAGCGAGUGUCGGCAGAAGAUCGUGGACACCUACUGCAAGCACAAGGAGAGGAAGCUGAUGCCCGAGAAGGUGCCGCGCUACUGCCCCGCUCAAGGUAAGGCCAGCGUGACCCUCCACUGGGACGAGGCUCUGGUGGGCGGAGCCUCGCUGGCACCUGUGCGGCUGGCCUUCGUCCUGGUGGUCCACGGCCGCGCCUCCCGCCAGCUCCAGCGCCUCUUCCGAGCCAUCUACCACACGUCGCACUUCUACCUCAUCCACGUGGACCAGAGGUCCAACUACCUCCACCGAGAGGUGGAGCACCUGGCCGCGCGCUACCCAAACGUGCGUGUCACGGCGUGGAGGAAGGCCACCAUCUGGGGCGGGGCCAGUCUGCUGGGGAUGUACCUGCGCAGCAUGGAGGACCUGCUCAACAUGGCCGACUGGUCCUGGGACUUCUUCAUCAACCUGAGUGCUGCAGACUACCCAGUCAGGACCAACGAGCAGCUGGUUAACUUUCUGUCCAAACACAGAAACCUGAACUUCAUCAAGUCCCACGGCCGAGACAACGCUCGGUUCAUCCGAAAGCAGGGUCUGGACCGGCUCUUCCUGGAGUGCGACACCCACAUGUGGCGUCUGGGCGACCGUAAGAUCCCUGAAGGCAUCACGGUGGACGGAGGUUCUGAUUGGUUCCUGCUGAGUCGAGAGUUUGUCCACUACGUGGUGACGUCACAGGACGACCUGGUGACGCAGAUGAAGAGAUUCUACGCACACACUCUGCUGCCAGCUGAGUCCUUCUUCCACACAGUGCUGGAGAACAGCGCCCUCUGUCAGACGAUGGUAGACAACAACCUGCGUCUCACCAAUUGGAACCGGAAACUGGGCUGCAAGUGUCAGUACAAGCACAUUGUGGACUGGUGCGGCUGCUCGCCCAACGACUUCAAACCUGCAGACCUGCCGCGCUUCCAGCAGGCAAACAGACCUACCUUCUUCGCCCGCAAGUUCGAGGCCAGUGUCAGUCAGGUGGUGAUCAACCAGCUGGACUGGUACCUGUACGGGCCUCCCUCCCCCGCCACGCCGGGUCUGAGCGCCUACUGGGAGAACGUCUACCAGCGCGACACCGACGGCACCCUCGGACUCGCUGACUCGGCUCUCGCGCACUUUCACGCCUUCACCCGGAUGGGCCUCAAACGAGCUGCCGGGUCCCUGCAGGGACGUGCCGGGGACCACCGCUGCAGGUUCGUGCCAAACGGUCACCCAGACUCGGUUCAUAUCUACUUCCUUUCGGACCAGUUCCAGGGCUACCUCGUGCGUCAUGUGACCACAAACAAAGAGUCCAACCAGCUGGAGACUCUGGAGACCCUGGUGACCCCCCAAGACCACUUCAAACUUGCGAGCCCCCCCCACCCCAACAAUCGACUUCUUCAUGUGCAGGUGGGAUCUGACUGGGACCCUAAAGAGCGACUGUUCAGGAACUGGGGAGGUCUACUGGGCCCGAGGGAGGAGCCGGUGGCGGUGCAGCGCUGGAGCCGAGGCCAGAGCAACCUGACGGCCACGGUGGUUUGGAUCGACCCGACCAACGUCAUCGCGGCCACCUACGACAUCCUGGUGGACGCGGCGGCCGAGGUGACCCACUACCGGCCCCCACUUAACCCCCCGCUGCGGCCGGGCGUGUGGACGCUGAGGGUCCUGCAGCACUGGAGCCUCCUGGGACAGACCAGCUUCGUGGUGGCGCCGCUGGAGUUUCACCAGUGGCAGCCGCUGCAGCGAGAGGAGGCGCUGCGGCUGAACGGAGGUCCUCCCAGGAACUCGUACAUGGACCAGAGCUUUCAUGGACUCAACCCGGUCCUGCGUCUGCCGGUCAGCCUGAGCGCCGUGGAGGAAGCGGAAGCCAACGCCGGCCUGACUGGGGCGCCGCUGCGACUCUGGCUGGACAGGCUGCUGGACGGCGCCUGGUCGGCUGCGGACGUCUGUUCGCUGGGUGCCAGCCUCUGUCCUGCACUGCAGCGCUGCCGCAGGACCCCCUGGAGCUCCGCCAGUCCCGACCCCAAGUCUGAACUGAGUGCGCCCAGAGCGAACGGACGCAUCAGGUAGCGGACGGACGUCAGAGGACGACGGACAGAUGAAGGAAACGAGUAUUUAUUUAUUUAUUUUAGUUUCUGUCGACAAAGACGCACCUGGACCUUCAGGCUUUUAUUUUGAAAGAACUGGAUUUUCUAUUGAAGCUGACAGUUGACACAUGAACUGCUCGUCAUUUUGCACAGUCAAGAGCAACUCACCUGCAGGUGAUCGCUUCAAAGAACUGAAGGUAAUUUAACUUAUUGAAAGUUUUUUGUCAAAACAAACUUGAAUGUUCUGAAAACAGAUUGUCGUCCUCAGCUUGAUCACAUGAUAGUUGGACGGGAAUUCUGGGAAAACGUGCCUUUGUUGUUCAGAAUUCACGUGUGAUGUUUAAUAUUUAAAAUAUUAGAAUAAAAUAUCCAACUUUUUUCAAAGUGAUAUUAAAAUUGAAUGAAUUCCCUGUUCAGAUAAGGGUCAACCAAGUAUGGACAAAGCUAGCAUGCUAAUAGUCAGACUGAGCUCUUCAGAA